UGGACAGCCAUACAGGUGAUCUCCAUGCGUCCGGCGGUACCAACGACCCACGUGCCAAUGCGACUCUUUACCUGAAGCAGCACGUUCUAGAAGGCAAAAAGUGGCAAGUAUGCAAAGACUACCAAGCGAAAUAGGCGCCCCCGGACAAAUUUCAGAAUUAUCACUUCUCGGCUGCUCUUGCCGAGACCCUCCAUGCGUGGAUUCCCCCGGGUUCAUCGGUAGUUGAGCCAGAAGUUCUCGGGUCUGACAAAGAUAAAAGUGGGGGGAGCAAGUCUGAAGUAGCAAAACAUUUAUUCCCUGCGGCUUCUGUUGUUUCCAAAAUCAAAUCAGAAGGCGUUCUUACUAUAGUAUUCUGGCAUUCCAAACGGAUCAAGGGGCGGGGGGGGCGAAGCUCUCAGCCGCACCGCAUUGCGAAAGCUGGACGUCGGCGUGGCUCGCGCAACUCCAGGAGAACAGUUAUUUAAAAAUCUGCAAACCCGCGCCGGAAAGUGAAACUUUUGAAAAUUGUCCGGCGGCGGAUUUUUCAUCUUGGUAGAGACUGGAAAAGUCUGAUUGCGCAGUGCUUUGAGGUUCUUGAGAAUCGAGUCAAACCCUUUCUGUACACGCGGUGGCCGAUCUUGCUCGUGCUCGCUAAGUCGCGCGCGUGGCGUAUGGAAGCGUCAGGUUUGAAAUCGUCAAAGUUGAAAUAAUUUGCAAUGCAUAAAAUGCAUGACCCAAGGCACGUGCGUUGCAGAGCAGGGAAGUGAGGCCGAUUGUAAGCCUGUUUGGGGUUACAGCUCGAGCUGCUAAAGUAGCAUGAGAAAAUCGCACUCUUUGCCUAAAAAGCAUGACAGACUGGAUUUUGGGACCACCGAAAUUUGUCUUGCGCCACUUGGAAACUGGGUUCCAGCUGGCAUCCAUUUCAUGCAUGACAAACUUUGUCGAUUUCAACUCUGACACAUCCAUAUCGCGCGACGAGAACUUGUCCGGAACAGCCUUUGUGGAUCGGCUUCUCGCGCCGGUUUUUCCCAGUUACGACCUUCACGCAAAUCACGUCGGGUGGAGAAAAUUCCAUUUGGAGGAAACCGAACACUUGCAGCGCCAGGACGCGAAAGAGCCUUGGGCGACCCCAGGUGAGCAGUCAAAUGAAAGGGCUCUCCUAUCCCCCCGCGCCGUGGCGCGUGAUCUCUUUUUCAACGUUGCCGAGGACCGGUUGCGCGCAGCCUCGCAGGUGUUGACCUCUCCUUAUGGCAC